CUGUCACCCAGGCUUCCUUCCCGUUCGCGCUGAGCUGUAAUCAAGGCCCCGCUGCAGAGGGAGGCGCUGCUUUUGCUCUUCGGAAAGGAGCGUCCGCCGCCCCCCCAUCCGCCUGCUCGGCCAGUCCGUCCGUCGGCCCUUGCUGCCCUGCACUCCGAGGCCAUGGAGCUGGCGGACGGCGUGGUGUACCAGGAGGACCCGGGCGGCCCCGGCCCGGCCAUGAUGUCGGAGCGGGUGUCGGGUCUGGCGGGCUCCAUCUACCGCGAGUUCGAGCGUCUCAUCGGGCGUUACGACGAGGAGGUGGUGGCGGAGCUGAUGCCGCUGGUGGUGGCCGUGCUGGAGAACCUGGACUCGGUCUGCGCGCACAGCCAGGAAACCAGCGUGGAGCUGGAGCUGCUGCGGGAUGACAACGAGCAGCUCCUCACGCAGUACGAGCGGGAGAAGGCGCUGCGCAAGCAGGCCGAGGAGAAAUUCAUUGAAUUUGAAGAUUCUCAAGAACAAGAAAAAAAAGAUCUGCAGAUAAGGGUGGAAGCAUUAGAAUCACAAACCAGGCAACUUGAACUAAAAGCGAAAAACUAUGCUGAUCAAAUUAGCAGACUGGAAGAGAGGGAAGCAGAACUGAAGAAGGAAUACAAUGCUCUUCAUUCAAGACACACAGAGAUGAUUCAUAAUUACAUGGAGCACUUGGAAAGAGCCAAACUUCAUCAGCUGACGGGGGGUGAUCAGCUAGAGCCCAUCAUGCACGGUAGAAUUAGAAAGGAACCUCCAUUAUCACUGGGCAUCUUCCCACUACCUCCAGGAGAUGCACUUCUGACGCCUGAUACUCAGAGAGGAACAGUGGAAACUCCAGGGUCUGAUAGUUGGAAGUUCCGUGAACUAAGUCAGCCACGCUCCCGCACCAGCCUAAAGGAUGAAAUUUCUGACGUUAGCCAAGCAGGUUCUAAAUCUACUACACCAAUCUUAACUGCUGCUUCAGAUGUGCUUGCACCUGCUGGAUUUCCCUUAAAUGAAGACAAGGAAGGGCUUGUGAAGAACGUGGACACAGAAGAUAAAAAAUUGGAUAUAAGUAAGCACAUUGAAGUUCAGGUAGCUCAAGAAACCCGAAGUGUAUCCAUUGGUUCUAAUGAAAAUGAAGACAAAUCUGAAGUUCAGGCAAUCAUUGAAUCCACUCCAGAGUUGGAUAUGGAUAAAGACCUUAGUGGAUAUAAAGGUUCAAGCACUCCUACCAAAGGCAUAGAGAACAAAGCAUUUGAUCGUAAUACAGAAUCGCUGUUUGAAGAAUUGUCUUCUGCUGGCUCUGGUCUGAUUGGGGAUGUGGAUGAAGGGGCAGACUUGCUGGGAAUGGGUCGUGAAGUUGAAAACCUUAUCUUAGAAAACACACAACUGCUGGAAACCAAAAAUGCCUUGAAUGUAGUGAAGAAUGACUUAAUAGCAAAAGUAGAUGAACUAACCUGUGAGAAGGAUGUGCUGAAAGGAGAGCUGGAAGCUAUAAAACUAGCCAAGCAGAAGCUUGAAGAGAAAAAUAAGGAAUUGGAAGAAGAACUUAGAAAAGCUCGAGCAGACGCAGAAGAAGCAAGGCAGAAAGCAAAAGAGGAGGAUGAUAGUGAUAUUCCUACUGCCCAAAGGAAGCGAUUUACUCGAGUUGAGAUGGCUCGUGUUCUCAUGGAACGAAAUCAGUAUAAAGAGAGGCUGAUGGAGCUCCAGGAAGCAGUACGAUGGACUGAGAUGAUACGGGCAUCAAGAGAAAAUCCAGCCAUGCAAGAGAAGAAGAGAUCAAGCCUUUGGCAGUUUUUUAGCAGGCUGUUCAGCUCAUCAGGCAACACUGUUAAGAAGCCAGAGCCACCAGUUAAUGUUAAGUACAAUGCACCAACCUCACACAUUACUCCAUCAGUCAAGAAAAGAAGCAGCACUUUAUCUCAGCUACCAAGUGACAAAUCAAAAGCCUUUGAUUUCCUCAGUGAAGAGUCUGAGGCAAGUCUUGCCUCACGCAGAGAGCAAAAAAGAGAACAGUACCGCCAAGUGAAAGCACAUGUUCAGAAGGAGGAUGGUAGAGUGCAAGCUUUUGGUUGGAGUCUUCCUCAGAAAUAUAAACAGGUUGUAAAUGGUGGUGGUCAGAGUGAUAACAAGAUGAAAAACUUACCUGUGCCUGUUUACCUGAGACCACUAGAUGAAAAGGAUACAUCCAUGAAGCUGUGGUGUGCUGUAGGAGUGAACUUAUCUGGUGGAAAGACAAGAGAUGGUGGAUCGGUGGUUGGUGCUAGUGUGUUCUACAAUGAUGUGACCUCUGUAGAUGCAGACAGCAGCAAACAGAGGAGUGCAUCUCAGAGUAGUUUGGACAGAUUAGAUCAAGAACUCAAGGACCAGCAGAAAGAGCUGAAAAGCCAGGAAGAGCUAUCAAGCCUCGUUUGGAUCUGUACUAGCACCCACUCUGCUACAAAAGUUAUCAUUGUAGAUGCUAACCAGCCAGGAAACAUCCUAGACAGUUUCAUUGUUUGCAAUUCUCAUGUACUUUGUAUAGCUAGCGUGCCAGGGGCUCGGGAAACAGAUUAUCCAACUGGAGAAGAAAGCUCCCAAGAACCCGACUCGGGUGUGGUGGACAAGUCAUCCUUGUCUGGCAGUAUGAAUAGCAACAGCUCAGCAGAAACAGACAGUCUGUUAGGAGGAAUCACAGUAGUUGGCUGUACGGCAGAGGGUAUUACAGGACCUUUUACUCACAGUGCCAAUGGUGCCUCCCCUGAGACAAACAAACAGCCAGAUGCUGCAACUGAAAACGAUGCAGUGGAUGAGAACGUUCAGACAGCAGAAGAAGCAACUGAGGCAACAGAAGUCAAUGCUGGCUCAGGAGAAGAAACAGCAGAUACGACCCAGACUGGCGUUUACACAGAGCAUGUCUUCACAGACCCUUUGGGAGUCCAAGAUACGGUGGAGGGUUCGCCAGCAUUCCCGCCGAGCAAUGAAUCAGACUUGUAUAAAGAUGUUGCUGUAUUGCCAAAUGAGCAGGAUCUCGUAAGAGAAGAAGCACAGAAAAUGAGCAGCCUUUUACCUACUAUGUGGCUUGGAGCACAGAAUGGAUGCUUAUAUGUUCAUUCUUCAGUGGCUCAGUGGAGAAAAUGUGUUCACGCAAUUAAACUUAAAGAUUCUAUUCUCAGUAUCGUACAUGUAAAAGGAAUAGUCUUAGUUGCACUGGCAGAUGGAACUUUAGCAAUAUUUCACAGAGGAGUAGAUGGACAGUGGGAUUUGACAAACUAUCACCUCCUAGAUCUGGGACGACCGCAUCAUUCAAUUCGGUGUAUGACUGUGGUACAUGAUAAAGUCUGGUGUGGCUACAGAAACAAGAUCUAUGUGGUUCAGCCAAAAGCCAUGAAAAUAGAGAAAUCAUUCGAUGCUCAUCCAAGGAAGGAGAGCCAAGUGAGACAGUUGGCUUGGGUGGGAGAUGGUGUGUGGGUGUCGAUUCGCUUAGAUUCCACGCUUCGUCUGUAUCACGCACACACUUACCAACAUCUCCAAGAUGUCGACAUUGAGCCCUAUGUGAGCAAAAUGCUUGGUACUGGAAAGUUGGGAUUUUCAUUUGUGAGAAUCACAGCUCUUAUGGUAUCAUGUAAUCGACUGUGGGUCGGGACAGGAAAUGGAGUCAUCAUAUCCAUACCAUUAACAGAAACUGUAAUCCUCCACCAGGGACGUUUACUGGGGCUGAGGGCUAACAAAGCCACUGUGGGUUCUGGCAACCGUCCAGGCAGUGUAAUACGCGUAUAUGGUGAUGAAAACAGUGACAAAGUGACUCCAGGGACCUUCAUACCUUAUUGUUCAAUGGCACACGCACAGCUCUGUUUCCAUGGGCAUCGGGAUGCAGUCAAGUUCUUCGUUGCAGUACCUGGUCAAGUAAUUUGUCCACAAGUGGGAGGAAGCUCAGAGCUACCUGGUGAUAAAAGUACCAUCUCGGCACAGGAGUCAAACAGUCAGGCACUUUUAAAAUCCAUGUUGGUCCUAAGUGGAGGAGAAGGUUACAUUGACUUCCGGAUGGGUGAUGAAGUUGGUGAAUCAGAACUGCUGGGCGAAGCGUUGCAGCUUGAGCCUUCCGUAGCCAAAGCAGAGAGAAGCCACCUGAUAGUGUGGCAAGUUAUGUGUGGCAGUGAAUGAGAUCCCCACCUGCACCCCAGGAAAGCAGCUUAAGACUGCAAAAGUGUUUGCAUGUCUUUGGAAUUUUGUUUUAAUUUUGUGGAAUCUCUUUCACGGCAUAAAGUUUGAGCAUUUCUUUGCCAUUUGCCAUUAUAUCACAAACCUCUCAACCCCUUAACUGUACGAGAAUUAGCUUGUGCUGUUUUACCGCAUCAGUGUUACGUAUCAAGAAGAAAUAUUCCCCCAAAUUGACAAAUACUGUAUUGUGUUUGCUAAAACAAUUUAACACUAAGGCCACUGCAAUCUGUAAUAUAAUCCUUUCCCCCUCCAACUUCUACCACAAAUCAUUCUAAAUUUUGGACAGACAUUUUAGAUUCAUUUGAACACCAUUUCCUGAGUAAAGCAGCAAAGUUAUAUUCUGGGUAGCAUUUAAAAAUACAAGAAUAAUUAUCUUUAGGUUAUACUCUGUGCAUUCCUUGAGGGCUAAAAACAAGUUGUAAGUCUUUAGUUUUUUAUUUAUAAAUUCUACCAGACUUUACACAGAUAAAUUGAAGGCCUUUUGUUCAUAUCAUAUUCUCUGAGAUGAAAAGGGGAUUUUUUUAGAAAUUCACUGAUGGUACCAUAAGUUUUAUGUUUAGUUGCUAAUAUCACUAAAAAUGAAGAGUAUUGUCCUUAAUAAUGAGGAUUUUGGUAUAUUGUGGGAAAAAUUUUUUCACAGUUUUCUUACAUGAGAUGACUGGAGAACAACUUGAUUAAUCACAAAGGACCUUCUUUGAAUGAUUUAUAAAUUUCUUGUCUGCCCUUUUUGCGUACCAGUCAGUAAACACAUGGCACUUGAUACAGAAGGAUCCAAACAAGGAACAAAAUACCAGAGAGCUUUAACUUCUUAAGCAACCCCUAAAGCGCAUUAUUUUUCAUAGCCCAUUUAAUUAAUGAAUUGUAUAUGGCUUGUUUCUCCUGGGGACUGAAUAAGGUAGGAGAGGGUGUGUCACUUGCGUUGGUGUACUCACUGAUUUCAGUGGGCCAGCACUACUAUAUUAAGGCAUGGGGGGCAGGGGGUCUUUCUCUAAGUUUGAGGAAACAGAGAAAUAGCAUGCUACAAUUUAUUUCAUUUUCUCAGUAGAAGCUUCAGAUUGGGCAUCCUCCUUUGCUUCAGAUUACCCAGCUGAUGGCAAAACUAAGUUGAUUAAUUCUUCAGAGUGUGCAACAGCUUUCUAGUAACUAAUUUCUUGGAAAGUAUGGUUUAAAAUAUAAACAUGCAGCUAGUGCCCACCAAGAGACUCUGGCUGUCCCCAUUAGAUGGGAGCAGACAAUAUUUAAAGUGACAGGAUGGGAGAAUUUCAAAAGUCUCAGAUGACAGCAUUUUAAAAAAUAGAAACAGUCCUGAAAAACUGCCUAAACAUUUUAUGCAAUAGGAGCAGUUUAUCGUCAGUCAAGGAUACAUGUAUUUAUAUAAAUAUAUAUAUAUAUAUAUAUAUUAUAUACACAUAUUAAUUUUUUAAAAUCAUGUUAAGCUGAGGUCUAUUGUGUAAAUAUUUAUUUAGGCAGCUUUUUAAAAAAGAGAUGAGUGUCUUACCUGAUGAAAAAAUCAGUAAAACUCCAUUCAGGUCUAUUGGUUAGAGAUUUAUAUGUAUAAACACUUUUUAAACACCAUAUUUUGUACACAAGUUAAGUUAUGGUAAGUAUGUAUUUAGACCAUGAAAUGUGUGGUUAAAAACUAUUGAAUGUCUAAUACCUUGGUAAUGGGUAUUUUCCCUCCAAUAUGCCAAAAGUGACAAGCGAUCACAAUUUACUCAGAACUUACAGGUGGCGCAACUGUGCUUAGAAAAUUUAAGAAAAAGAACACUCAAACCUCCAUGAAAGAUCCAGAGAAGCGUGAGUCUUUCUCCCACCCUUUCUUCCUCAGGAUUUGCCUGUGGACAGUCCCUGCUAGCGCCAUGUUUAUGUUGCACCGUUCAGCACUUUCCCAACUUGGGAGAGUUUGCCGACCAAUCUGGAGAGGAUGCUCAGGAAGAAUUUCACUGUUUGUGCCCAAGGUGGCACAAAGCCUUGUCAAGAUAGAUGUUUAGAAGUCAAUACUGUCCUUCAAGCACUCUGCAUUGUGCAGGCAGCUCGUUAAAUGAGGUGACCAGAUGAAAUGCUUGGUGUCCCUUCCGAGUUGCAUGAACCAGUCAUCUUCGGCCCCUCUGGUCUUCUCACAUUUAUGGACAUGAUUGUUUGAAAAGUGUUCUCCAGAUCUUUCAUGAAAGGUUGAAUGGUCAAGUUCACAUAUUUGGAAACAGGUACAAAGAUUGCCUUCCUUGUUUCCCUCUUCCAUGUGUAGCGCUUUUAUUUUAAAAUGGUUAAUGAGCUAUUCUCUGAAGUGCUUCACUGCUGUCAGACAACAGAUGCAUCUGGGUAGCCUCAGUAAUGACUUGCCAGAUGUACUGGGUAAAGUGUGUCUUUCUGUUCUCAUUGGAUCAACUGCUAUUCACAGCUGCAAAGCUAGUACAACAGAAACUAUGGCACUAUUAUCAGUGCGAGCAAAGGAUGAGCGCACAUUCACUGGUCCUUGUUUGUUUUGAAACGUAUCCCCUGCCCUAAGGAUUAGCAUGUUUAGAAGGUGGGAUUCAGCACCAUCCCCUGAGAUUAGUACACUCCCUGUUCCCAAGCACUUUUUAACACUAUGUGGGAAAAAUGCUAACUCGCAUGCAUCAAACGAUUGCCUAAGAGAGAAUAAUCCCUUUUCAGGAUGUCUUCUGAAUCAAGUACUCGUAGUUCUAAAAUCAGUAGGAAUGAAUCUCUUGAUAGUUAACGGCUUUGUUAAUAGUUUGAGAGAGCAUUUCAAGCACACACAAUGCAGCACAUGAUUUGUCUGAGUAAAUGUGUCUUGCAUGGUAAAAGGUCCAAUUUAAGUUUAUCUAUCCUGCCAGAUUAAUUUCUUGUAAGGUCUUCCUGCGCUGGAUCAAGUAGAGUUGGCAGAGUGUUAGACACUUUAUCAUAGGCUGCCUUAGUAACUAAGAAAUGUUUUAUAAUCCUGUAAUAUGCUAACUGUUCUAAAGAACAUGGUGUCUUGAAGAUCAUGUUUGAAUAUUUAUUUCCAUGUGAGUAUUAUGAAAGCUACCAAAGGAUUGAAACUGACUUGGCACUCUUCAGCUGACCAUGUGCAUAAAGAGUCUUGUUUAAGGUCCUGAGUUUGUAAAAAUGACACAGAGUGAAAUACGCACUUCCUUGUGGAUGCUAACAUUAUUUUCCUAACAGGGUUAUGCCAUAUUGUAACAACCUAUGUUGCACCUCAGAACAAUGUUCUGUACACUAAAUAUUCUCCUUCCUUCUAACAGUUUCAUUGCUGCACAUUUCUCAAUCUUUUAAACAUGUUUUAAAACAUUUUAUGGUCAUUACUUUUUGAAAAUGUUGUCUAGACACUUUAUGCUGAAUUUUUCUUGCCUCUGUAACCUUGAGAUACUGCAGCAUUAAACCUGCUGUUUGUUUAAAACCCGAGGCUUCUUUUCUGUGAGCCAGAAAGCUCAUAUAGCAGUGAAGUUAUUUCAGUAUUUAUUAUUGAAUCCUUGGGGGUUCAGAAUGUAACUUUGUACAUGAAAUAUAUAUAAAUAUGUAUAUGAAAUGCA